UUUGAAAUGAUGUAAUAUCUUCAAUUUGUGAUGUUAAUGCUGCUGUUUGUCAGUUAUGUCUAUCACUCUGUGUCAGGAGGGACACAGUCAGACACACGGACAAAUCUUGACUCCAUUAAGUCCGUGAUCUACAGUAAUGCUAAGGCUACAGUUACACUGGACUCUACAGCUCUAAAGGAACUGGUCAAACUUUCAUCAUCAGGUUCUUCAAAACCAACCCCCAAUGUUGGUUUCUCUGUUUUUGUUGGGGCCAAAGCGCUUACUGUUGGUCAAGGACAGACCAUUAAAUAUGAUGGGAUUCUGACAAACGAUGGUAAUGGAUAUGAUGAUAGAACAGGAGUAUUUGUGUGUCCAGUGGCGGGAACUUACAUGUUUGUUGUUGACACUUUCACCGCGGAGGGCUCCGUUGCCAUAAAAGUAAACAAGCAAACUGUAGCAAGGGCGUAUAAAGGAUAUGUCAAGCACAAACCUUGGAUUCAAAUUAGCAGAACUCUGAUAGUAAAACUGAAACGUGGUGACCACGUCAAAGUUGAUAAUACAGAUAAUGGAGUAACCCUUCAAAUGCAAGGCAAUGCAUACUCGAGUUUCACUGGAACAUUGCUAUACUAACAAACAAACAAACAAAGAAAUAGAGCCAUAAUUCUUUGACUUACGAAAAUGUAAA